CUUUGUUUACAUCUGUCGUUUUGGCCGUAGUGCGUCGAUUACAAGUGAACGAAUCGGAUUUUUCGUUGUUAUUUUCGAAAUCUGAUGUGUUAAUAUGUGUUUAAAGCAUCAUUUAUCUAUAAAGUGUUAUAACAUCGAAUGAAUUUCAUCAAAAUAAUGCAAUUUUGAAUGACUUUCAUAUGAAAAAAUCUAAAUCUGAACCCGCUUGUGUCGCCCUAUUGUCAAAUGCGCUCUUGUUCUUCUUUGAUCGAUAAUUGGACAAUGGCUACGAUUUUUCAUUCAAACAAAUUCAAAUAGAUCACCCUGAUUUGUGCUCCUGUGCGUAUCGCGCUGAAACGGUAGCUGGCUUCGGAAUAUCUUCCAGGUGAUAUGAAGUGUGUCCAAGCAUGGUGUUUUCAGAAAGGUAAUUGAUCGAUAGAGCAUUGAAGGAAUGGCAUCAAAAACAACAAAGAACGUGCAGAGUCCGAUUGCACUGAAUCAGCGCUCUACUGUAAUCCGAGAUGGAAUUCAACCGUUGGAUUACUUCGGACAUUGGGAUGGCUUGGGAAAGGCAAAAAUGGUCAACACUGGCUCGUCGGCGAUGAUUACCUUCAGCGAUCGUCCAUUCCGGCCGUUCAUCGUAGGAGGCGUCCUUGGCAACAAGUACAUUUUCGAACAGCUACACUUUCACUGGGGCAUAGGCGAUGGGUCCGGAUGUGAGCAUACGUUAGAAGGUAGUACCUAUUCGAUGGAGGCACACGCCGUGCACUACAACGCUAAAUAUGGCAGCUUCGCGGAAGCGGUUGACAAGCCGGACGGUUUGGCCGUGCUGGGAUUCUUUGUGCAGGCGUACGGUAACGAUGACUGCCCAGCGUUUGAUAAGAUCGUCGCCGGCCUGCAGUACAUUCGCAGCCCGGACGCGCAAACGGAAAUCGAUGCGGAUUGUCUCGCGUGGAUGGGAAUGCAGGAGCUUAACCGUCACUACUACACGUACAAGGGCUCGCUUACUACGCCGCCGUACUUUGAAAGCGUAACUUGGCUGGUAUAUAAAACGCCGAUUUACGUGUCCAGUAAGCAGCUGGAGGCAUUCCGGCAGCUGCAAGCUUGCCCCAAGGAUAGUAGCAAAAAGAUUGUGAACAACUUCCGGUCAGUGCAGGUGCCCCAGCAAGUGCCGGAGGUAGUUUUUGUGAGAAACAAUCAUCCCGUUGUGCUUUCGAAGCUGUAAUUUUGCUGUGAGAAAUUUGUGUGUUGUUAAGAAUUGUGUGAAAAUAAAGAUGAUUUAUAACUGUUAA